AUGUCGACUGGUGUAAAGCAUGUCGUGAUGAUGCAAAAAGACUGGUUAGAAAUUCUUGAUUUGGCUUUCCAAGAAAAUGCCGAACCGGCGAGUACGCUUCAGUUAGCAAAAGAAGAAUUGCUUUCAAACAUGGGUACUUCAUCUUCUUCGGAUGUUUCAAAUCCUGGGCACUCUUCAUUAUCUGCUAGCGAAAAUUCCGGAAUAAGGCCACAGGCUGAGAAAUCUGCGAAACGUGCACUCUUUGCCGGAAAAUCGGUUAAUACUCCUGAAAAGAAUAAGUGUAUUCCGGAGAGGGAAUGUGCAUCUUCAAGCUAUGAUUUUGUACUACCAGAAUCUGGAACAUCAUCAUAUAGGGCAUCAAGUAUAAGUGAUUUUCCACCACCCAGCGAUUUCGAAGUCCCUGUUCACCGAACAUCCAGCGCGAGUGAAUCCUUGCCUGACCCGGACCCUAACGCUGAAAAUAUAAACCCAUCUGGAGUAACAGAACCUAUAGUGCGAAGAAAAUUAGCUGGAAUUUUGGUAGUUUUCUGGUCAUUUGUUCAACUUGAAGUGCAUUUAUACAUUAAGGUUGCUUCCCUUGACUUUACUCUGGAGGACUACGACUUUAGCGAUGAUAUUAAUGCUUUGAAAUCCUCCGAAACGCUCAAAAAGGAGGACAACGAGGCCAAUAUCAGGAACAACAUGCCCGUAAGCCUUUGA